AUGGACGGUGAGGGUCUGUCUUUGGACAAGCUUGCCAAGGGCCAAUGCUACCAUGGCUGGCACAGAAAGUCAGUCUCACGGCUCACACCCCGAAGAGCCGAUUCGGCCGUUGGAAGAGCGAAUCGACCUCGCAAAGCAGUCCAUUCUGGGACAAGACCGGUCUCUGACGAAGCCGGCCUUUUGUGGCAUUUUGUGAACGACGAGCAACUUAUCGGAAAGGUUUCGGCGCCACCUGUGCACGAUGGCCUGCCGUUCCUCCACACUUUUAUUAUCUCCAAGAUCGUGCAUGGCAAAACGCCACGAUCUUUUCCAAUUCCGCCGGCUGUUGAUUGCUUGGCGCUUCUUGACCGACGUCCUUUGGUGGGGAGCAGACCAGGCAACGACUGCAACGUCGAAUCUUGGGUUCUCACUGCACCCUGUUAA